GGGCUGGGAAGAUGGUAAAAGUCAUCAAGACUUUCUCCUUGAUGCUAUUGCCUCUGUUCUUGGCAAUGGUGAAGAGUGAUUUGGAGGAGGCUUACCUCAGACCUCACCCCAAAGUUGGUGGCCCUUGGGCUCGAGGGCAGCGUUAUGCUGAGGGGACCUUCAUUAGUGACUACAGCAUCACCAUGGACAAGAUCAUGCAACAGGACUUUGUUAACUGGCUGCUGUCCCAGAAGGGGAAGAAAAAUAGUUGGAGACACAACAUCACUGAGAGAAAAGCUGAUGGUACAGGACUAACAAAUCAUUCCAACUGGAAUCUAAAAAACAUGGAAAACUGGAGUUCCCCAUUUAAAGACUCCUCAUCUGAGGAUCCUAAGAACAAGAGAAUGAAGGAAUUGGCAUUGACAUGGUUGAUUUUGGACCUCUAUGGCCUACGGUUUGAGUGAUUCAGUCUAAACAAACUCUGGGCUUGAUUCCACUGGCAGGAAAACUUCCAUCUGAUAAUUCUGUCUGUAUUCCUCCUCAGGAGUUCCAAAGAGAGAACAAUAAAAUU